AUUAAUAUAUAUUUAAUAUUUUUCCAGAUAUGAUUACGAUAUCUUGGUAGGGAGAUUUAAUUUUCAUCCUGAUACCAGUGUUUGUUAUGCUGACUACCAAUUAAAUAUUGUUCUUGCUAACUGCUAUUCAUUUUUCAAGAAUUAAAUCCGAAGUCAAUAAAUUCAACCCAACAGUUUCAAAAACAAAAAGUUUUCUUGUUUACAAAGAAAAGGACAAAGUUGACGACGGGUUCUUGUUGACCACGGAUAGCAGCCUUUACUUUAUCGAUAAAGACCAGCUUGUACCAGACACGGAAUACUCACGCUGCUUAUGUACUCGUCUUACCUCCUGCCUGCUGGUGAUGUUCGUCUGCAAAAUAAUCGAAUUAAUGACACUGGACGACAUAAACAGCCCGUUGAGCAUUCCAUUCGAUUUAUUAAUGGAAUUAUAGAGUUCGAUCAAAAAAUUAUACCACUUUCAACAAAUUUGGUGACACCACAGCGUUCAUGGACACAAAAACAUUGGAAUACGAUUUUCAUAUCAUUAUUUGGAUACUUUAUUGGAUUUAAGAUUUUAUAUUAUUAUUCUCUGCCCUUUCAUCUUGAAAACAUAGUAAUAUUGACAACCCAUGCAAUAUUCACUAUACCAUUUGUUAUGGAUUAUGCAGUUACAGUCUCAUCAUGUUUCUUUCUUCAAAACGUAUAUGCCAGAUUCCAGACGUUAAACGAUUUUUGGAAAUGUCUUCCUGCCGACUUAGUUGCCACUUCCGACAAAUGGACACACAUCAAAAUAGUGGAUUUGAUGGAAAACACGAGGCUGUUACAUUCCGAACUCUGUGGUUUGUUAAAAAUGUUUACUCUUGGUUACGGUCCAUUGCUUUUAGGGUUAUUCACAACCAGCUAUAUCAAUUUUCUUGUCGGUGUUUAUUUUAUUGUCAAUAAUGAAGUAUUUCCCAGCUUUCAUUCAACCAAAAAUAACUUGGUACGAUUAUUACAUCUAAUGGUCCACGCACAAAUUGUCACGUUUUUGAUGUCCAUUAUCGUUUUCGUUUCAUUCAUAAAUGAGAAGAUAUUGAAGAUGAUAUCAUACUUACGGUUAUAUCGAAUUUCAAAUUUACACUUGGACAAAAAACGACAAAUCAAAAUGUUUAUGAAUCAAAUAUCAGUUUGCGAUUCGGACCAAAUUUCGGCAUUCGGGUUUUUUAAUAUAAAUUUGAAUCUCGUUACAUCGUGGAAUAAUCACAUUGGUACAGAUGAAGGAUCACCCAAUGAUAUUGAAAUUAAACAAUGA